AUGAACUGCAGCGAGCCGCGGCUGCCGGCGCUGCUCAGCGCACUGCUGCGGGAGCUGCGCCGCGCCGGCAACGCCAGCACCGGGGCUGGGGCCGGUCCGGGGGGCGACGCCUCGCUCUACAUCCUGCUUAUCAUGAUCUUCUACGGCUGCCUGGCCGGGGGGCUCAUCCUGGCCUACACUCGCUCUCGGAAGCUGGAAUCCAAGCACGACCCGUACCACCUUUACAUCGAGCGGGACUGGGGCCGUGGUGCCGGCCCGGGACAGCCGGCCGAGGAGAGCGGCCCCGAGGGACAGCGCCUGGUGUGA